AUGUCUACAGAGCGACCCAACGGCGGCUCCUCGACCGCGAUCCUGGAGCCCAUAGAACUCCAGCCAGUGCAUACCAAACAGGACCGGCCCAGCUUCUCCAGCAAGCGGCCAGCAUCCAUCCCUGGCCGAAGCCUUGCCUCAGCAGACCGCAAGAUUGACGACGAUAACGCGUCCGACCGCAAUGAGACUCUACCCUCUCCAACGACCGCUCCUACUGAACAUGUCGAGUCAUGGAACAACCCACGUAUCAACAUCUACCGCCUCGCUGCCACCUUCUGGGCCUUUGUGAUCAUGGGCAUGAACGACGCCACCUAUGGCGCCAUCAUCCCGUAUCUGGAGACGUACUAUGACCUGCCAUACACGGUAGUGUCUCUGGUAUUCCUUUCGCCAUUCGUUGGAUACACCACCGCAGCGCUGCUGAACAACUGGAUCCACAUGAAGUUCGGACAGCGCGGAGUCGCUGUUGCUGGCCCAGUGUGCCAUCUCGUCGCCUACAUCAUCAAUGCUGUUCAUCCACCAUACCCAGUCCUAGUCAUCUCGUUUAUGCUCGCAGGUCUCGGCAAUGGGCUUGAAGACUCAGCCUGGAACGCCUGGAUCGGUGUCAUGAACAACGCAAACGAGAUGCUCGGCUUCUUGCAUGGCUUCUACGGCAUCGGAGGCACGAUUGCACCGACCAUUGCUACGACGCUGAUCACGGAGGCCGAUGUACGGUGGUACUACUGGUACUACUUCAUGGUCGGCUUCGCCGCGAUUGAAGUUGCAACGUCCAUCCACGCCUUCUGGGGUGCCACGGGUGAGGUCUUCCGCGAUGCACAUCCACGAACCUCGGACGCAGGUGGGUCAAGACUCAGGGAAGCGGUAUUGAGGAAGCCGGCAGCACGAGUGACAUGGCUAAGUGCUCUGUUCUUGUUGGGCUACGUCGGUAUCGAAGUGGGCUUGGGUGGCUGGAUUGUCGCUUUUAUGAUCCGGGUGCGGGAGGCGAAGCCGUUCGCCAGCGGCAUGACGGCUACUGGCUUCUGGCUAGGUAUCACGGUUGGCAGGGUCGUGCUAGGCUUCGUCACGCCACGGAUUGGCGAGAAGCUUGCUAUCUCGAUCUACCUCCCCAUAUCAAUGGCCCUCCAACUAGUCUUCUGGCUCGUGCCACAAUUCUACGUCGGUGCCGUAUCCGUCGGCUUCCUCGGCUUCUUCUUGGGCCCAAUGUUUCCAGCCGCCAUGGUCGCCUGCGCAAAACUGCUUCCCAAACAUCUGCAUGUCUCCAGUAUCGGCUUUGCGGCGGCCUUCGGUGGGAGCGGAGGAGCGAUCUUUCCGUAUGCCAUUGGUGCGAUUGCGCAGGCGAAGGGUGUGCAGGUGCUGCAGCCGAUUAUAUUGGCGCUAUUGGCGGUGAUCUGGUUGCUGUGGUUAUGUUUGCCGAGGAUUGGGAGGAAGAAGGAUUAA